AUGACCGACAUGCGUGCCGUCGUCAGUGCAGAACGGGUCCUGAGAGAAAUUACAGCCUUUCGAGAUGGUUUGGACAAACGGACUGACAGAGAGUUGAUAGCUGCUCUUGAUCGUGUAGUCGAGGUUGUACAAAAUCACUUCUACCACGCUUAUCUAGAAGUGCGUGAAUUCUACGAGACAACGCUACUUUCGACGGCCAUUCCGGUGAAGAUAAAGGCUGACAUGGCUCUCGACAUUGCGGGUCGAUGGGAGCAGAUUGACCAGUCCUCAUCGGCUCUAUCCGCCUCGCAUAUCCACUCUGAACACAACAGUAAUGAGCUCACCGGUGGCGAAAGAUCUCGUUCCUUAUCCCACAUAGCCCGAUCAGUGGCGUUGGAUUCGGGUGCAGGUAAGAAUAGCACUUCAAAGGACCACACAUCAGUUGUGACCAGCUCGUUCUGCCGUCUUAACUUGGGACGACGCCACCAGCAUCCUCAGCGUCACCACAAGGACAAUCAAGAAUGGUAUCACACGCAUCGUACAAGAAAUGACACCGAGCCGCUAUUCGACGACAGCAUCGAGGCGAGUUCACAAUCGCCUAGUUUCGGUUCUGUCUCAGUGUCCAACUCCUUCAUGGAGCAACGGCGCAUUUGCUCGCCAACUUUCCGAGUCCAACUGUCACGAGGACCCCAGGGCUUUGGCUUUUCUAUCGCUGGCGGAACUGAUCAGGAGACGCCUUUACCCACCAUUAAUCCAUGCUUUGUCUAUGUUGCUCGUAUCACGCCAGGCGGAGUGGCCGACUCGGAUGGCCGUCUCAGGGUCAAUGAUGUCAUUCUUUCUGUCAAUGGAGUUGGACUGGUCGGUCUUCCCCAUUUGAAGGCAGUUACAAUCUUCGAGCAAUGUGGAGCAUAUUUGGAUUUGGAAGUUCAACGACCGUCGUCAGCCUUGAUGCAGGAAGCCGUUCGGCCUGUGCACCUGCCUACUUCUCCAAAGAUCUCUUCUACUGUGAGCAGACUCGCCCACACAGAUGGGGGCGGUAGCGAGGGGAUACACGCGGCUACAACGCAGUCGCGAUUCAAUCCCCUCUCACGCUCCCGAUGUAUUAUCCUGCCUGCUGCUUCAAACUCGUCCUCUUCCACUGAAUCGAGCGGCCCUCCGCCCACCACAGUCUCACCCCUAUCUUCUCUCAUCACUUCCUGCCACCAUCCUCCUACCUGUAACUCCACCAAUGCUGAGAUCACCAUGGAGAAAGUUGCAGUUGCAGCAAUGGAGACAUCAGCAGUUGCAGCAACUCAGGUGGUCGGGGAAGAAAACCGACACGUCGAAGGAGAUGUGGAAAAAGAAGAAAAAGACGACGACGACGACGACGACACGGUUUGGUUUUUUGACCCAGAGCAAACUGGAAGUGGAAGAUCGGUGUCCCAAGCUGCCAAUAAUGUUAAUAAUCGUAAUUUGGAUGCAGACGCUACAUCUAGCAGCAUCAAAGCUACGGCGAAGGACAAUGAGCUUCAAAAAAUAGGGGUAGAAGGUAUAAACAGACGAGUUGCUCAGUCGAAGAAGCCACCACCGCCCAUCCCGAUCAGUCAGUGGGAGCUGUCCACGCGUCCACAACCCGAUCCCCCACCUGGUCCAGUCAUCGUUGAGGUGCCGUUAGUCAGAGGUACAAGCAAUGGUUUUGGCUUCAGUAUCGCUGGUGGCAUCGGAACGGAGUUUCUCGAAGGUGACUCGGGCAUCUUCAUCACAAAGGUCACCUCGGGCGGCGUUGCAGACACCAGUGGUCGCAUUGCUGUCGGUGAUCGGUUGAUCAGGGUGAACAGUGUAUCCCUCGUGGACGUGACACACGCUAAAGCAGUGGAGGCCCUCAAUACCGCAGGCGACUUUGCGCUUCUGCUUCUCGUCAAGGUGUCACUCCACUCCUCACCCCAACGGAUCAACUGUCAGCAGUGCCAAGAGGACUACGCAGCUGCCCACGCUGUGCCUGAGUCCAUUUUACAGAGGUGGCCGAGAGCUCGACUAGUUACCUUAUACAAGGAAGAGAGUCAAAUUACGGGUAGCAGUGUUGGAGAGAGGUCAAGUGGAAGUCUCGGGUUCAACAUCGUUAGCGGCGACGGCACGACUGGCAUCUACGUCUCUCACAUCCACCCCAAGGGACCAGCCGCUUCUUCCAUGGCCAUCUCUAUUGGCGAUCGUCUGCUGACGGUGAGUUUUGUCCUUCCUUGCAUCGAAACGCGUAACAUAUAUUAG